CUUCCUUGGUGACUACUCGUGUAUUUCGUGACUUCAGUGACUUGACCAUGCUGGCCCGCCGCAUCCUGAGUUCCAAGGCGAAGAGCAGCCUGGUCCCUGCCUUCACGGCGCGCUCGUUCUCGGCGCCCGCUGCGACCAAGGACGACUAUUCGUCCAAAGAUCAUUACUUUGACGAUGAAGUCAAGGCCAGCGCUGGGGACCCGUCCAAGCGUGCGUUCACGUACUUUGUGUUGGGGGGCUCCCGCAUUGCUUAUGCCACUGCGGCCCGCCUUGCCGUGAUCAAAUUCGUCGGGUCCAUCAGUGCAUCGGCCGAUGUGUUGGCGUUGUCCACCGCCGAAUUCAACUUGAGCGCAAUUGAACCGGGUUCUACCAUUACGGUCAAGUGGCGCGGCAAGCCCAUCUUUAUCAAGCACCGCACUGAAGCCGAAAUCGCCAAGGCGCGCAGUGUCGACCUGAGCCAAUUGCGCCACCCUGAAUCGGACGAAGUGCGCGUCCAAGAUCCCAAGUGGCUCGUGAUUUUGGGUAUUUGCACGCAUUUGGGUUGUGUGCCGACGUCGAACGCUGGCGAAUACGACGGUUGGUUUUGCCCAUGCCACGGUUCUCACUACGACUUGAGCGGCCGCAUUCGCAAGGGUCCUGCUCCCCUCAACAUGGAAAUCCCUCCCUACAAGUUCGUGGACGGAGACCGCGUCUUGUUGGGCUAAAGCACAUUGAGUUUCCACCCCAGUCUAGAAGGUAGCGGCGUCGGAUGGUCUGUAAUAAUGCAAGCAUUCGCCGUGUGCAAUUUGAUAUACGUGAA